CCAACAGUCAUCUGCUUGCUACUCUCUCACUCAACCACCAGCAUUCGCACUAGUGUCGCUCACUUCAAGAUCGCACAGCGCGAAUCACGCUUGCAGCACAUAGUCCGAAGCCAUCAUCACAUUUGGAUCUCAGUGGCCUUACCUCCUAGUGGCUCCAAAGUCGAGGACUCGUUAUUAUCUCCGGUCCGUUUUCGUCACAGUGACCCACAAGGACAGCGCAAUGAGGAUCACUCGGCUGCUGCUUGUCUCUCUGCUCUUCGCGCUUUUCCUUGCCACCAGCGGCGUGCUGGGAAAGAAGGACGGCGAUAACGGCAAAGGAAACGGCAAUGGAAACGGCAAGGGCGGAGGCAAAGGGGGCGGCAAAGGCGGCGGCAACGGGAAGGGCGGAAAGGGCGGCGGAUGGAAGGGGCCGAAAUUUCCGGGCAUGGGGAAGAAGGGGAAGAGCAAGAUCGCGGGGGCGGCGACCGCGGUGUUGCGCGGAGACGAGGUAGUGGAUUCGAGCGGAAACGUGAUCGGAGAUAAGAACGCCACGGGGAUCAUCGACCUAGUGCUCGUCAGAAACGACACCGUCUACGAUCUCCACUUCCAGGUUGGCAUCGCGCUGACGGACGCCGGCGAGCCGAAUUCCGUCACCGUCAACGAAGGCGCGGCAGGCACUAACGGAGACGUGGUCAUGGACUUGACGGGCGACAUCACGUGGACCAACACCACUGGGAGUGCCGAGCCGGGUCGCCGCUACGGGGAGAAGAAGAGGGGGUGGGGAUGGGGAGGCCGCAUGUUCCGGAAGCCGAUUCGCCGAGAUAGCUCCCUCGAUAACAUGUACACUUACUAUACUAGGGGUGUCAUUCGCGACGCGUCGUCGCGGACUAACGCGCAAGGCGACACGUACUUAACAGCCAUGCAGAACCUUCUGGACUCGCCCGAGUCGUAUUAUGGGCUCGUUAAGACUGACACGUAUCCCGAGGGCGCGGCGCGGGGGCAGUUUAGGAAGGGGCCGAAGGGGUGGGGCGUGUGGCGGAACCGCGGAUUCUGCUUCAAGUUCAACUGCUGAGUCCUGACAUGCGUCCGAGUUAGGGGGGCUGACUGAACAGCAUACUCGGUGGGCUGUCUUUUAGAGGCGCGGUUGGUAGAUGGCAAAGUUUCAACGGUUUCUAAUCCUCGUUAUACAGAACUCUUUGCUGUACAGAUGCGCUUCUGUGUUUCAGUUCAGGUAGACCCGACAUGUACAAAUUCUGAAAUAUAUGGGACACUAUGUA